GACCAUGGAGAGGAGCGGCGGCGCGGACGCUUCCCCGGCAAGGACGUCCCCAGCCCGGGCAGCUCCAGCCCGGGCAGCCCCGGCCCUGGCAUCAUCCUCCCGGUCAUCGUCUGCCAGGUCGGCCUCCACGACGUCCUCCCCGAGGAGAGUGUACCUCGUUAGAGCAACACCAGUGGGGGCCACGCCUGUCCGGGCACCUCCUGCCACCUCCGCGCCAGCCACCAGGGCCACCAGGGAGACCCCAGGUGUCCGCUUGCCCAAGUUCUCCUGGCAGGAGGGCCAGAAGCGGCUGCCGCUCAUCGGAUGCGUCCUCCUCCUCAUCGCCCUGGUGGUGUCGCUCAUCGUGCUCUUCUACUUCUGGCGAGGCCACACCGGGAUCAAGUACAAGGAGGCGGUAGAGAGCUGCCCCAGGCACGCUGUGCGCUGCGACGGGGUGGUGGACUGCAAGCUGAAGAGCGACGAGCUGGGCUGUGUGAGGUUCGAAUGGGACAAGUCUCUGCUGAAAGUCUACUCUGGACCCUCCCACCAGUGGUUUCCCGUCUGCAGCGACAGCUGGAACAACACCUACUCGGUGAAGACCUGCCAGCAGCUGGGCUUUGAGAGCGCCUACCGGACAGACGAGGUGGCCUACAGGGGCGCUGCCCACAGUUUCUCCAUCGCCGAAUACAACUCCACCAUCCAGGAGAGCCUCUACAGGUCUGAAUGCCCUUCCCAGCAUUACGUCUCUCUCCAGUGUUCCCACUGUGGACUGAGGGCCAUGACAGGGCGGAUCGUGGGAGGGGCACUGGCCCCCGGGAGCAAGUGGCCUUGGCAAGUCAGCCUGCACUACGGCACCACCCACAUCUGCGGGGGCACGCUGAUCGACGCCCAGUGGGUGCUCACUGCCGCCCACUGCUUCUUCGUGACCCGGGAAAAGGUCCUGGAGGGCUGGAAGGUGUACGCGGGCACCAGCAACCUGAACCAGCUGCCCGAGGCGGCCCCCAUCGCCCAGAUCAUCAUCAACGGCAACUACACGGACGAGCAGGACGACUACGACAUCGCCCUCAUGCGGCUGUCCAAGCCCCUGGCCCUGUCCGCCCAUGUCCACCCUGCCUGCCUCCCCAUGCACGGCCAGACCUUCGGCCUCAACGAGACCUGCUGGAUCACGGGCUUCGGCAAGACCAAGGAGACGGAUGAGAAGACAUCCCCCUUCCUCCGGGAGGUGCAGGUGAACCUCAUAGACUUCAGGAAGUGCAACGACUACCUGGUCUACGACAGCUACCUCACCCCCAGGAUGAUGUGCGCGGGGGACCUGCGGGGCGGCAGAGACUCCUGCCAGGGGGACAGCGGGGGGCCCCUGGUCUGCGAGCAGAACAACCGCUGGUACCUGGCAGGUGUCACCAGCUGGGGAACGGGCUGCGGCCAGAGAAACAAGCCCGGUGUGUACACCAAAGUGACAGAGCUCCUGCCCUGGAUAUACAGCAAGAUGGAGAGCGAGGUGCGCCACCGGAAAUCCUAGCAGCUG